GGGGCGGCCUGGCAGGAAGCAGCGCGUACCUUCCGCUGCAGGAGGAGCAGGUGGCUACAGUGCGGGCCAGGGCCCCCAGGCUUCCUGUGUGUGCGCCCGCCCGCUACUGUUUCUUGUCGGAGCUCGUUGGGCCAUCCGGCGGCCCGGCCCGGCCCCAUGGCCCAGACCCCCGACGGCAUAUCCUGUGAGCUGCGAGGCGAGAUCACCAGAUUCCUGUGGCCCAAGGAGGCUGAGCUGCUGCUGAAAACCUGGCUACCAGAACGGGAGGGUGCUGAGCGAGGUCAUGUCUUGGCACUGCUACGAUGGAGAGCCUACCUGCUCCACACCUGCCUUCCCCUGAGGGUGGACUGCACAUUCAGCUACCUGGAGGUCCAGGCCAUGGCACUGCAGGAGACACCCCCUCAGGUCACUUUUGAGCUAGAGUCUCUGCCUGAGCUGGUCCUGGAGUUUGCUGGUGUAGCUGCCCUGGAACAGCUGGCCCAGCACAUUGCUGCAGCCAUCAAGAAGGUCUUCCCUCGCUCGAACCUUGGGAAGCUAUUCCGGAAGCCCACAUCCUCCUCCAUGCUGGCUCGGCUAGAGAGAAGCAGCCCCUCCGAAGACACCUUGCCCAGCAGCCCCUGUGGUGGCUUCUUGGAGACGUAUGAGGCUCUGUGUGACUACAAUGGCUUCCCUUUCCGAGAGGAGAUUCAGUGGGAUGUGGACACCAUCUACCAUCGUCAGGGCUGCCGCCACUUCAGCCUAGGCGACUUCAGCCAUCUGGGCAGUCGCGACCUGGCGUUGAGUGUGGCUGCCCUGUCCUACAACCUGUGGUUCCAGUGCCUCUCCUGUGUGGACAUGAAGCUGAGCCUUGAGGUCUCGGAACAGAUUCUGCACAUGAUGAGUCAAUCGUCCCACCUGGAGGAGCUAGUGCUAGAGAACUGUGGCCUGAGGGGAGACUUUGUCCGGCGACUGGCCCAGGCACUGGCAGGGCACUCAAGCUCUGCCCUCCGGGAGCUUAGCCUGGCGGGGAACCUGCUGGAUGAUCGAGGCAUGGCUGCUCUCAGCAGACACCUAGAGUAUCGUCCUGGAGCCCUGAGGAAACUCAGCCUAGCGCAGACAGGGUUGACAGCUCGAGGAAUGAGGUCUCUGGGCCGGGCACUGGCUUCCAAUGUGGCCUUUGACUCUGCCCUGACCCACUUGGAUCUUUCCGGGAACCCUGGGGCGCUGGGGUCCUCGGAGGACAGUGGGGGCCUCUAUAGUUUCCUGAGCCGUCCUAAUGUUCUGAUGUUCCUGAAUCUCGCGGGCACCGACACCGCCCUGGACACUCUCUUCGCAGCGCUGGCCGGCGGCUGCUGCACUAGCCUCAGCCACCUGGACGCCUCGAGGAACGUCUUCUCCCGCACGAAGUCCCGGGCUGCGCCCGACGCGCUCCAACUCUUCCUCAGCCGUGCGGAGACGCUUCGGCACCUGGGCCUGGCGGGCUGUAAGCUGCCGCCCGACGCGCUCAGGUCAGUGUCGCUGCCUACGGUUACGCCCCGGCGUGUGCGGCCACCACUCAGGCCGGGGCCCCAGAGCUUCACCCCGCUCCUAUCGCCCCCUCGACCUUCCGGUAUCCUGCCCCUUCCUUCUUGCUAUUCGUUCGCGCCCUGGGGCCCCCUUUCCCAGCUCCCGCCACCCCCUGUGACAUCCUCUCCCAGGGCCCUUUUGGAAGGCCUUGCGCUAAACACGCACACGGGCGACCUGCACCUGGACCUCAGCGCUUGUGAGCUGCGUUCAGCGGGCGCUCAGGUGAUACAGGACUUAGUGUGCGACGCCGGCGCAGUGAGCUCCCUGGAUCUGGCGGAUAAUGGCUUCGGCUCAGACAUGGUGACUCUGGUGCUGGCCAUCGGGAGGAGUCGGUCCCUGCGACAUGUGGCACUUGGAAGGAACUUCAACGUCCGGUGCAAGGAGACCCUGGACGACGUCCUGCACCGGAUUGUCCAGCUCAUGCAGGAUGAUGACUGUCCCCUACAGUCUCUGUCGGUGGCUGAGUCGCGGCUGAAGCUGGCCUCCAGCGUCCUGCUCCGGGCCCUGGGCACGAAUCCUAACCUGACGGCGCUGGAUAUCAGCGGCAACGCCAUGGGGGAUACCGGCGCCAAGAUGCUGGCCAAGGCACUUCGGGUCAACACUAGGCUCCGGUCUGUCGUCUGGGACCGGAACCACACGUCUGCUCUGGGCCUGCUGGACGUAGCGCAGGCCCUGGAGCAGAACCGCAGCCUAAAGGCCAUGCCUCUGCCACUGAACGACGUGGCCCAGGCACAUCGCAGCCGCCCGGAAAUGACCACACGUGCAGUGCAUCAGAUCCAAGCCUGUCUUUUGAGGAAUAACCGUGCGGACCAUGCCUCUUCUGACCGCACUUGCUGUCCGCAGCCACCGGGUCUGGUCUCCGACCCUUCAGAGCAGGAAGUGAACGAACUGUGUCAGUCAGUGCAGGAGCAUGUAGAGCUACUGGGCUGUGGGGCUGGACCCCAGGGUGAAGCUGCUGUGCACCAGGCUGAGGAUGCCAUCCAAAAUGCCAACUUCUCUCUCAGUAUUCUCCCAAUUCUGUAUGAGGCUGGAAGCUCCCCAAGUCAUCAGUGGCAGCUGCGGCAAAAGCUAGAGGGCCUCCUGGGACAGGUGGGCGAGGUCUGCCGUAAAGAUAUUCAAGAUUUCACUCAGGCUACAUUGGACACAACAAGGAGCCUCUGCCCACAGAUGCUACAGGGACCCAGGUGGAGGGAGCAGCUAGAGGGGGUUCUGGUGGGCUCAAGGGGCCUCCCAGAACUGCUCCCAGAGCACCUGCUGCAAGAUGCCUUCACUAGGCUCCGGGAUAUGCGGUUGUCAGUCACGGGGACCUUGGCAGAGAGCAUUGUGGCUCAGGCCUUGGAGGGGCUGAAUGCAGCCCGUGAUCGGCUGGGUGCCUUAUUGCAGGUGGAGAGUCUGGCUCAGCAGGCAACAGUGACAGUGCCUCCUGCCAUACCAGCACUGGAUGGAGGUGAGCCCAGCCCCCUUGGGCCUGGGGAAUUGGAAGGUCUUUUCUUCUCUGAGGAGGUGAGGGAAAAGCAGAAGGAUGAAGAGGAACAGAAGCAUGACAGUCCUCCACAGAAAUGGCCUGAGUCCAGCCAAUGUUUUCACCUGGUCCUCUCCACUCACAGUGCUGCUGAGGAACCGGAGCCCGAGCUGGCGGCUCCGGGGGAAGAUGCAGAGCCGCAGGCGGGGCCUUCUGCCCGUGGCUCUCCGAGCCCUGCCACCCCGGGUCCCCAGGCCGGCCCACUGCCUUGCAUGGACCUGCCACCCUCUGGGGAACCCUUACGCCAUCCGACCCGGGCCCGGCCGCGGCCGCGGCGCCAGUACCACCACCGUCCGCCACCGGGGGGCCCCCAGGUGCUCCCAGCCCUGCCGCAGGAAGGGAAUGGACUCAGUGCCCGCGUGGACGAAGGCGUGGAGGAAUUCUUCUCCAAAAGGCUGAUCCAGCAGGAUAGCCUCUGGGUUCCUGAAGAGGACUCAGCCAAUGAAGGGGGUACCACCCCUGUCCCCCGUACACUGAGAAAGAAGCUGGGUACCCUGUUUGCCUUUAAGAAGCCUCGUUCAACGCGGGGGUCACGGCCUGAUCUAGAGACCAGCCCUGGGGCAGCUCCCCGUACUCGAAAGACCACACUUGGAGACCUGUUGCGGCCACCAUCCCGCCCCGGUCGUGGGGAGGAGCCUGGUGGAGCUGAGGGGGGCACCAGCAGCCCAGACCCGGCCCAUAGGAGCCGGCCUCGUUACACCCGGGAAAGCAAGGCCUAUUCAAUGAUACUACUACCUGCUGAGGAGGAGGAAACACUGGGCACCAGACCUGACAAGCGGCGGCCCCUGGAGCGGGGAGACACAGAGCUGGCCCCAUCCUUUGAACAGCGGGUACAAGUGAUGCUGCAGAGGAUUGGUGUGAGCAGAAGCAGCGGGAGUGCUGAAGGCAAGAGGAAGCAAAGCAAGGAUGGAGAGAUCAAGAAGGCUGGCUCGGAUGGCUGGUGCCUGAACCCCCAGCCCCUUGCAGGUGACAUUAUGGACAGUUCCACAGAGGACCCUCCCAUCUCAAUCAAGUCCCGCACCCACUCCGUGUCGGCUGACCCCUCAUGCAGACUUGGUCCAGGGAGCCAAGGUCCGGAGUCCACCACCUGGAAGACACUAGGACAGCAGCUGAAUGCAGAGCUCAGGGGCCGUGGUUGGGGCCAACAGGAUGGUCCAGGCCCCCCCUCCCCUUGUCCCAGCCCCAGUCCACGAAGAACCAGCCCCUCCCCUGACAGCCUGGUCCUCCCAGAGGACCCUUGCUUGGGCCCUAGGAACGAAGAUGGCCAGCUGAGGCCGAGGCCUCUCUCGGCAGGGCGACGAGCAGUGUCUGUGCAUGAGGACCAGCUCCAGACCCCUUCUGAACGGCCCCUGCGGUUGCAGCGCUCCCCUGUUCUCAAGCGGAGGCCAAAGCCUGAGGCACCCUCAUCUCCAGGCCUAGGAUCUGGCCUUGGAGCCCAACCUCUGCCCCCACAACCCACAGAGCCCUCUAGUCCUGAGCAGAAGCCACCCUCCCCAGCCACAGACCAAAGAGGCGGCGGCCCCAACCCCUGACCCUCUCCUUUUCCUGCCGCAUGAGAUUAUUUUAUUAAAAAACUCGAAGCAGA